AUGUUGAGAGAAGAAAGGAAAGAAAUGUUUGUUAAUUCAUUUAAGGGUAAAAUAGGGAUAUUUUUUAAAUGUCAUCGGCAAUUUGACCCGACAAUUGACCACUACAACAGGAAAAAUGAUAUUCCGUUUGAAUAUAAAUACGAAAAUAAGGAUUCUAGAUCUAGUUACGAACCUAGUAAGGAUUCUAGAUCUAGUUACGAAUCUAGCAAGGAUUAUAGAUCCAGUUACGAUGAACCCAGAAAGGAUUCUAGAUCAAGUUACGAGUCAAAUAAGGGUUCUAGAUCUAAUAACGAACCCGUUAAAAGUUCUAAAUCUAGGCACGAGCCAAAUAAAAAUACUAGAAAUAGUUACGAGACCACCAAAGAUUCAAGAUCACCAUACAGAGCCAAAGAUUAUGAUUACAGUAAAGAAGACAAAAGCCCUAUUUAUGAACCAAACAAAAAUUCAAAAUACUUAGGAAAAUUUCAUCCCAACAUAUUUAGCAAUUCAAAAUCAGAUGGUAAUCAUUCUAAAAAAUCUGAUAAUUCAUUUCCAUCUCUUAUAGAUAAUCCCAGAAAGUCGACAUACCAUAGUGGUGAAGUGGAUGGUAAACAACGUCGUACUAGUUUUAAAGAGCCCGAAUUAGAUAAAUUAUUUAAAAAUUACCCGAAAGAUAUUAAAAUUAACACUAAAGCUAUCUCAACAUCCACAGAAGAAAGUGAUCGCCCUACUACUAGCAAAGAAGUGAUCAUCAAGAAUACAGUUACGUACGACGAUGACAAUUUGGACAACUCGAAAGAAGACGAGAAACCGUUAACAGUAGAUAAAUCAGAAAAUCUCGAAAGUAAGGCUAAGACAAACAAACGUCACGAUCAGUACAAAACCGACGAUCACCAUCAUUACAAAACCACUCCACCACCCAUACCCGGAGUUGCUGGUGUAGAUUAUCCCAUUUAUGCUACAGUACCCAUGACACACUUCAAUUGUUCUCACUACAAACCUGGAUAUUAUGCAGAUCCCGACACUAUGUGCCAGGUAUUCCACAUCUGUCAAGCGGGAGGUGCAAUGGAUUCGUUUCUAUGCCCAAAUGGUACCAUGUUUAAUCAGUUAUUUCUAGUCUGUGAUUGGUGGUAUAAUGUACAUUGUGGAAAGUCUCGCAGUCUUUACGAGAAAUCGAAUGCAAGGUUGUACAUCGUGCCGAAAACUAAGAGAGACGAUUCACAGAAACAGGAUGACGACAAUACCGAUAACGAUAAAAAAUCAAGUGGUACUGUAACAACUCGUAUACAAGCUGUCGGUUACGGUAAAAAUGAUAAAUCAGUUAAUAGUUACGCUUAUCAGGAAGUAACCGAAGGAGGACUGGGUCAUGAAAAUUAUGUUUACGAAUAUUAAUAGGAUAUAAAUGCGGUCUAAGAUACCAGAAUUAAUGUAUUUAUUAAUUUGGGUUUUUGUUGUACGAUAUAAAAAUUUGGUUUCCAUGUCAUUCUUCUUCAUUUACCAAAAAAAAAAAAA